AUGGCGGCCAGGCUCAGAGCGGGAGCACCGGCGGGCGCUCUCCUCGUGGUGGCGUGCCUGGUUCUUGCGACGGCGGCGGCCGUGAGUGGCGCCAGGCCGCUCGCGGUGCGGGAGGAAGGCGGCACUCCGCGUGCGGUGACGGUGGAAUCGCCGGCAGGCGAUGCUAUCCAGACGGUGGCGAGGGCCGUCGAGCGCAGGUUAUUGGUCGACGUCGGCAUGCUCCUCGGGAUCAAGGACUCCGGGCCCAGCCCCGGCGCCGGGCAUUAA